CUGGUACACCCAACCAGUGAACAUUACAUAACAGUUCACAAUGGCUGACAUGGAGAAGAAACCCUACAACCCAGACGGUUAUGAGAAGGAAGCAGCUCCCCUCGCUGAGAGUGGGGAGUACGAUGGCGCACCAGGAGCCGUAGGCGGUGGUGGGCUUAAACGCCAGCUCAAGAACAGGCAUAUUGCAAUGAUCAGUAUCGGUGGUGUCAUCGGCACAGGUCUUUUCCUUGGUACCGCUGGUUCCCUUGCUUCUGGAGGCCCCGUCGGUCUCCUCCUCGGAUACGUCGUUGUUGGCACUAUCACAUACUCGGUCAUGAUCUGUCUCGGUGAGAUGAUUGCGUACCUGCCCGUUCCGGGUGGGCACAUCAUGCUGGCUGAGCGCUUUGUGGACUCUGCGAUGAGUUUUACUAUGGGCUGGAAUUAUUGGUACAACUGGGUUAUUAUCCUACCAGCAGAGUUAUCAGCCGCGGCCGUCUUGAUCAACUAUUGGACAACUGCUGUCAACAACGCCGUAUGGGUCACUAUAUGCCUUAUCGUUGUCUUCACCAUUAACAUGUUUGGUGCGGGGGUGUACGGCGAGUGCGAGUUCUGGUUCGCCUCAAUCAAGGUGCUCACUAUCUCCGGCCUGAUUAUCCUCGGUCUCGUUCUCGAUCUUGGCGGUGGACCGAACCAUGAUCGUCUUGGCUUCCGUUACUGGAAGAACCCUGGUCCCUUCAAUCAGUAUGCCAACAUCCCUGGGGCCGAGGGCCGCUUCCUCGCCUGGUGGUCGGUCAUGACCCAAGCUGCCUUCUCCUUCAUCGGCACUGAGAUUGUCGCCAUCGCCGCUGGCGAGGCAAAGAACCCGCGCAAGAACCUGCCAAAGGCCAUCCGCCGUGUCUACAUCCGUAUUCUGCUCUUCUAUAUCCUCGGCACGUUCUUCAUCGGUCUUCUCGUGCCUUACACCAACCCGGACCUCAACCUUGCCACUUCAAACGCCGCAAAAUCUCCCUUCGUCAUUGCCAUCAAGACCGCCGGUAUCAACGGGCUGCCAUCGCUGAUCAAUGCCUGCCUGUUGACAUCCGCCUGGUCCGCCGCAAGUUCCGAUCUCUUCACUUCUUCUCGCGCGCUGUACGGUCUCGCCCUCGCCGGCAAUGCGCCCCGCAUCUUUGCACGCACGACUCGUGGUGGUCUGCCGUACGUCUCGAUUAUCUUUUGCGUGCUCUUCGGUCUCCUCGCCUUCAUGGCCAUUUCGACCAACGCCGGCAAGGUCUUCGGCUGGUUCGCAAACAUGACGUCCAUUGCGGGGCUGAUGACCUGGUUCGGUAUCUCCGUCACUUACAUCCGAUUCUACGCCGGGAUGAAGGCGCAGGGCAUUGACCGCAAGACGCUGCCUUACCGUGGUUGGCUCCAGCCAUACCUCGGCUGGUACGUCGCCAUCUCCACGAUCGUGAUCUGCUUCUUCUCCGGCUGGUCCGUCUUCCUCACAGGUCAAUGGUCCACCGCCAACUUCGUCACCAACUACCUCCCGCUCAUGCUCUUCCCCGUCCUCUACGUUGGUGCAAAGAUCUACAUGCGCUGCCCGACCCGGCGUGCGAGCGAGAUGGACUUCUACACCGGGCUGGACGAGAUCCUCGCUGACUGCUACGACGAGCCCCCGCCCAAGAACUGGCUCGAGCGUUUCUGGGCGUGGCUCAUGUAAUCUCUGGGUACGAAAAGAACGACCCGAACGCUCAACAUACCUGUACCCCCCCUGUCUCUCAUCUCCGUAUGUAGUCUACCUGGCCAGUUGUGGCCGUGCCGUUUGUGGAGCCCCUCGCUAGAGCGGUCGUCGUUUGGUUUGGUGGGGCGCGAGGGUGAUAGAUGAUCUGAUUUUUCUUUUUCAUCUGAUCUCUGGAAGUUUUGUACUAUCUUUUGCCACGAUUGCAAGAUAAUAAUGAACGGAAUGACG